CUGCAUUUUGUCUGAUUCUCGUACAAUUCUCAUGAUGUAAAGUGAGAAACUUAAUACAAUUUAUCUUUACCUCAGAGAACUUUGAAAUUUGAAGCAUCAAAAAAUCUUUGAAUCAAACUGACCGAAAUUUUCACAGAGACACCAAAAAAUAUACAAAAUGACCGAAACUGGAUGCGAUUAUGAAACUGAUAGUGAGCAAUUUGAAGAUCGAGAUAUAUACGCUGAAAUAGCUAGUCAUUGUGCCAAUCAUACUAAUCAAAAUUACACUAUGGAAUUAAUGUGGACAAAAGAUACUUUCGAUUUACUAGAUUUAGAGCAAGAAUAUUCUGAAGACUUUCGUCCAACAGCUUUGGAACAGCAGCUAUCAGAUGUUGUUGAAGAAAAUUCAGAAGAAGUUGGUGACUCAAAUGAGGAUCAAGAAGAACCUGAAAAUUCAUAAUGACUCUAUGCUGCAAACAUAAAUAAAUGACA